GCUGGUUUUAACGCUGGUGACGGGUUUAGAUAUUUCAAUAUUCCAAACUCUCGCAAUCCUGCAAUUAUCAACAUCACUUCAACAUCAAACUAUCAAGAUCCCGGGCUGUGGAUAUUCCAAGUCGAUGGGGAGUCUGUUGAAAAUCAUGGUUGCACAUCAAAUAGUGGUACAAUUUUUCUCGACUGUAGAUCUUUUCAGUUAACAAUACUAACGAUUUGAAGUUUUAAUACCUUGCACCUCCAAAACGACUAAAUGCAGUUAUUAACUGAUACACAGCAAAGGAGCUUUCAUUAUUUAUGUCGAGUAGUGGGAGGGGGGCUGGCAACACUCAGAUAAUUUUUAGAAUAUUUCUAUAACCUCCCAUUCUUGAGGGACAAUAUAACAAACAUACUUGCAGGGAAGUGAGUCCGGCAUUGGACGCAGCGAGGGUGGCUGGAAGCUGUCCAAUUCCGGAUUCGGGUGCGUCCAAUUCCGGAUUCACCGAACCUGCAAGUAUGUUUGGUUUUUAUCACAUGUCAUUUCAGUAAAAAGUGCUGAAGAAUUUACGCAUUUUAGUAUAUAAUUAAUUCUUGUUUGUGUAAUGAACAUUUUAGCCGCCAACAAUCAACAUACUAAGCGAACAGACAAAGUUAGGCUUAAAUUAAAGCUCAGUAAAAAAAUUCUCUACAAUACUCCCUUACUCUUGAAAAGAGAAAAUGCACACAUUCUGCGAAAACAUUGCCAAGUGAACCUGCCCGUGCCGAACAAAUUUCGGCGGCCAUCUUUCUUCUCUUCCACUUUGAAUACAGAAUAUUCCAUUUUCAUCACACAAAAUAAAAAAAUAAUAAUUGUGAAACAAUUAAAAACAGUUAAUAAUUUUUAUUUAAAUCUUCAUCUGAAAUUUGUUCAAAUCGUAUCAUAAUGGCCGCCGAAACAUCGAUCUCUAACCCACUUCCUAAACAUACGUCAGCAGGUGGGUUCGAUAUUGAACGCACCUCCUCGUAGCCAAUAGGAAAGCCGCUAAUACGCUAGGUAUGAGAUAAAAAUUUUAACAGCCUCCCCACUAAGAAUCAUAAUUGCAAUCAAAUAUUAAUGAAAUAUUUGAAAAGAAGCACCAGAUAAUAUUAUUUAGUACAGAAAGGAGAUGGGGAAUUAAACAUGUAAUGUGUUUGUAUAAAUUAUCUCACUUCUCAAGAAUAUUUCUUUAUUACCUUCCCCGGCAACAUUUGACUUUUUGAAACCUCUCCCAUGUCUGUCUAAGAAAUUCGUAUAGCUCCCCCCUAUUGUGUUUCAGACCCCUCUCCCCCGAUCGACAUAGUCAAUGAACGCUGCCCAAAAUAUAAUGUCAAGAAACUGAAUCAUCUUCCGACUAAUUUACUAACGGCCAAACUAACGAAAUAAUAACAAAUUAGUCAGAAGGUGAUUAGAUAUUUCUUAAAUUCCUAAAUAAUCUGCGGAAGAUUUAGAUUAGUAUAGCUGAAUUAGUCUACAGGUAUCAACUGAUAUACAUCACAGUCUACUUUCCAAUAUAUAGUCUAUACCUAAUGAAUUCUUAAAUUUGUCUGACGAUGAUAUAGAUUGAUAAGUAAAUUAGUGUGUGAUGAUCUAAUCGACAACUUAAUGUCUUAAAAUAUGUCUAAUAAUCACAAUAUGAUUAUGCUUCAUCAAACUUUUCCUUUGAUAGUCAAAACAACUAUAUAACUGAUAUUAAGGGUAUAAAAAUUACACCCCGUAUAUAGGUCUGGUGCUCUCACCGAGAUCAGGAAUCGAAUUAGGAGGAACUGAAAUAUUUAUUGGUGGACCUUGUUAUAAACCUGAUGAUCAAAUUGUAUGUCGGUUUAACAAGACUAUUGAGGCAGAUGCUGUGUAUGUCAGUGCAGAACUAGCAUAUUGUAUCACUCCACCAUUGUAUGUUGUUGGUCGCAUCUCAGUUGAGUUGUCAUUGGAUGGUGGUGCAACAUUUAACUACACGGGCACCUUCAGAUCAAGUGAGUUCACUUUUGAAGUUUUCUUUCAAUAUGUAUUUUACUAUAAUAUGCAAAUGUUUAUAAAGCAUGAAUUUUACCAGUUAAUUUGCUUGAGAAAUUGACUUUUAUAUUGUACUGUACGUAGUAUAUGACAUCGACUUACGUCAAGAAGUGUUUACUUUUUAUUUUUGA